UUAUAUAUCGAAUGUGUCACAUUCUUAAAGCGUGUCACUCGACUUUGAUAAAUAUAUACACGGUUUUACGUCGCAGUAGUGGGUUGUGGUUAAUUUACCAUCUUUUCAAUGUUUGGAGAGAAAAUAUUUACGUUUAAGUGACAGUGAACUUGUCAUUGAAAUUGAGACAUAUCCUAUAUCGUGUUCGAGAUUUUUUCUCAUUAAUAUUAAUUUAACAUAUUUGUAUCAGAUUCGACAACAAAAGAUUGAAUUAAAACGGACGUGCUAUUCGAUAUGUAGAUUUAUCAAAUAAGUUCUAGCUACGAUAAUGGGAUCAGAAAUGUGAAAGUUUUUUUAAUAUACAAAAAUAAAGGAUUUUAUUUAAUGAUAGAUUUUUUUAAAGUCAAGAUGUCGCCACCGAUAGCAGAUUCUACGAAAAAUGUGGAGCCAAAGUGUUCACAAAGGAAGAUCAACAAGCCAUUGAUAGAGAAGCGGCGGCGAGCAAGGAUCAACGACUGUCUGGCCCAGCUGAAAACCAUCGUUCUCGAAGCUACUGAGACUAAGUCGCCGCGUCCAUCAAAGCUGGAGAAAGCGGACAUCCUGGAGAUGACGGUGGAAUAUGUCAAAAAUAAACUCACAACAGACAACUGUUCCAAAGCCGAGAAGAAAUCAACCGCGGACGACCAUUUGAACUAUGUAGCUGGAUAUUCCAAAUGCCUUGCCGAAAUAUCACACUUUCUUGAACAAACAAAACCAGCAAAUUACACUUUGAAGGAGGACAUUGUUGAACAUGUUUCAGAAAAACUUAAAUCUCAUCUCACCAAAGAUGAUAGACAUGAACAAAUUUUCAAAAAGUUGCCGAUUCCUCCUUUGUGUAAACAAUCAAAGGAACAAAAAGGCAGAGUGGACGAAGCUAUAGACUUAAGCGUGAGCAGCGAUGAAAGAACUGAAAUGGAAGAUGAAAAUCUAGCUGUUAGUGAUAACUCGGUGUCCAAAGAAAUAACAAACCAAAAGCCAUUGACGGGAGAUACUUCUAUCAGUCAAUCGGCGCCUAUAGGUCUUCUAUGUGGGGGUCAAGUAAUGUUAUUGGUUCAGUUACCACAAUCGAUGACGUCACAGCAAGUGCAAGUUCAAAAUAUUCAAACAGUCAACCAAUCACAAAGCAGCAUGCCAAUGAUUGGCGUCCAACCAUUGUCAGUUACCUCUCAACCUCAGAUAAUAAACCAAACUUUAUGUAGAAAUGAUCAAACAUUGUAUUAUACAACACCUCUUGCACUUCCACAGAUUCCAGUCGCAAGCAACCAGAUCCAACGAACGCAAAGUGAAAAUACGAUUUAUCCCAACUUUCAAAAUAAUCCCGACUAUAAGCAUCGAAAUCAUUGGAGACCCUGGUGAUAGGUCAGUUUUAGCUUCUAAAACUAAAUACGCCCAUUAAAGAUGGUAGUUUGAGUAACAGAGUAGUGUUGUGCAGACCUUGGUGACAUACCCAUUUUAGUCCUCAAGACAACUGUCACACGCUCGCUUCAGUUUUCAAGACAAUUAUGACGAGCCAGCUUCACAUGCCAGGACCAUGGCGGCACGCCCACUUUAGUUGUCUAGACUAUGGUGACAUGCCCUUUUCUAUUGUGGAGACCAUAGUGCCACGUCCACAUAAAUUCUGAAGGCUUCGGUGACACGUGCGGUUCAUACUGUCACGCCGCUUUACAUUGUGGAUACCUUGAUAACACGCCCACGCCACUUUUUAAAGACCGUUGGAUCAAUUACAGAUGUCUGUGAUUUUAACUUUAAAAAAAGAUUUUUAUUUACAACGAAACGAAGGCCGCAAAAAUGUGAUUUGAAAUAUAUUUUCGUUAUGUUGUACACAGUAUAUAAUUUAAUGUUAGAUUAUUUAUCAAUA